CUACCCUCGGUUGGGUGCUAAGGUCAUGGCCAAGUACACCUGAUCAAAGGGCCUAUUCUUGAUUGGGAGUUCAGGCUAAGGCUGAGUAGACUGAACAGAGGGGCCUACACUCGUUUGGGGGCUCAGGCCAAGGUUGAGCACACCUGACCAAAGGGCCUGCCCUCGAUUGGGAGCUGAGGACAAAGUCGAGCAUAGAUGACCGAAAGGCCUUGCCUUUGGUUAGGGCUUAGGCUAAAGCCGAGAAAGCCAAAUUAAAGGGCCUAACCUUGGAUAGGGUCUUAGGCCUAGGCCAAGCUCACCUAACCAAAGUGCCUACCCUCAGUUGGGAGUUCAAGCCUAGACCGAGCACAACUGACCGAAGGGCCUACCCUCGGUUAGGAGCUCAGGCCAAGGUCGAGCAAACUUGACUGAUGGGCCUACCCUCGGUUUGGGGUCGCGCCAAAGCCGAGCACACCUGACCAAAGAGCCUAACUUCAGUAGGGGCUCAGGCAAAGGCUAAACACACCAGAUCGAAGGGCUUACACUCGUUUGGGGGCUCAGGUUGAGGUCGAGUACACCUGACCAAAGGGCUUAUCCUUAGUUGGGAGCUCAGGCUAAAGGCGAGCAUAGAUGACCGAAGGGCCUUGCCUCUGUUUAGGGCUUAGGCUAAAGCCAAACAAGCCAAACUGAAGGACCUAACCUCGGAUGGGGGCUUAGGCCUAGGCUGAGCAGACCUAACCAAAGUUCCUACCCUCAGUUUGGAGUUCAUGCCUAGGCAGAGCAAAAUUGACUAAGGGGCCUACCCUCAGUUUGGGUCAGGCCAAAUUCUAGAACACCUGAUCGAAGGGCCUACCUUCGGUAAGGGAUCAAGCUAAGGCCAAACAUACCAAACCGAAGGGACUACCCUCGGUUGGGAGCUCAGCCACGACUGAGUACACCUGAUUGAAGGGUGUACUCUAGGUUAGGAGAUCAGGCUAAGGCAAAGCACACCUGACCGAAGGGUCUACCCUCGGUUGGGAGCUCAAACCAAAUUCCAGCAUACGAUCGAAGGGCCUUACCUUUGUUGGGGGCUCAAGCUAAGGCUGUCAAACUUGACUGAAGGACCUACCCUCUGUUGGGAGCUUAGGCCAUGACCAAGUACAGUUGACUGAAGGGCCUACUCUCUAUUGGGAGCUCAGGCCAAAGCCGAAUAUACCUGACUGAGGGGCCUAUACUCGUUUGGGGGCUUAGGAUAAGGUCGAGCACACCUGACCAAAGGGCUUACCCUUGGUUGGGAAAUGGGAACUCAAGAGAAGGUCGAGUAUAGAUGACCCAAGGGCCUUACCUCUAUUUGGGGCUCAAGCUAAAGCCGUGCAAGCCAAACCAAAGGACCUAACCUCGGACGGGGGCUUAGGCCUAGGCCAAGCACGCCUGACCAAAGUGCUUACCUUCAGUGGGGAGUUCAAGCUUAAGCCGAGCACAACUGACCGAAGGGCCUACCCUCGGUUGAGAGCUCUAGCCAAAAACCACAGACCGAAGGUAGGCCUAGAGAAGGGCCUACCUUAGGUUGGGAGCUCAACCAUGGCUGAGUACACCUGACCGAAGGGCGUAUUCUCUGUUAGGAGCUCAGGCCAAAGCUGAGCACACCUGACCGAAGGGUCUACCCCGGUUUGGAGCUUAAACCAGAGUCGAGGAUACGUGAUAGAAGGGCCUUCCCUCGGUUGCGGGCUUAAGCCAAAGCUGAGCAAACCUGAUUGAAGGGCCUACCCUCGAUUGGGGGCUCAGGCCAAAGCCGAGAACACCUAACGGAAGGACUUACUCUCGAUUGGGAGCUUCGGUCAUAAUCUAGUGCACUUGAUCGAAGGGCCUACUCUCAGUUGGGAGCUUAACUUAAGGUUGAGCACACUUGAUCGAAGGGCAUACCCUCAGUUGGGGGCUCUGGCCAAGGCCAAGUACACCUGACCGAAGGGCCUAGUUUUUAUUGGGAGUUCAGGUUAAGGCUGAGUGGACCUGACCGGGGGGCUUGCACUCGUUUGGGGGCUCAAGCCAAGGUCGAGCAGACCUAACCGAAGGGCCUACCCUCGGUUGGGAGCUUAGCCACAGCUGAGUACACUUGAUGGAAGGGCGUACUCUCGGUUAGGAGCUCAGGCCAAGGCCGAGCACAUCUGACCGAAGGGUCUACCUUCUGUUGGGAGCUCAGAUCAAAGUCGAGCAUACGUGAUCGAUGGGCUUUCCCUCGGUUAAGGGCUUAAGUAAAGGUUGAGCAAUCCUGACUGAAGGGCUUACCCUCGAUUAGGGAUUCUGGCCAAAUCGGAGCACACCUAACCGAGGGGCCUACCCUUGGUUGGGAGCGUAGGCCAUGACCGAGUACACCUGACUGAUGGCCCUACUCUCGGUUGGGAGCUUAGCCUGAGGCCACGCAGACCUUAUAGAAGGGCUUGCCCUCAUUUGGGAGCUCAGGGCAAGGCCAAGCAGACUUGAUCGAAGGGCCUUCCCUUGGUUGUGGACUCAAGCCAAGGCUGAGCAAACUUGAUUGAAGGGCCUACACUUGAUUAGGGGCUUUGGCCAAAGCCGAGCACACCAAACCGAAGGGCCUACCUUUGAUUGGGGGCGUAGGCCAUGGUUGAGUAUACCUGACUGAAGGGCCUACUCUCAGUUGGGAGCUCAGUCUAUGGCCGAACACACCUAAUCAAAGGGCCAACCCUCGUUUAGGAGCUCAGGGCAACGUCGGGUAGACCUGAUCGUAGGGCCUUCCCUCAGUUGGGGGCUCAAGCCAAGGCCGAGUAGACCUGACUGAAGCGCCUACCCUCGAUGGGGGGCUCAGGCCAAAGCUAAACACACUUUUACAAAUGCCUACCCUCGGGUGUGAGCUCAGGCCAAAGCUGAGCAUAUCUGACCGUAGGGCCUUCCCUCGAUUGGUGGCUCUAGCCAGAUCUGAGAAAAUCAGACUGAAGGGCCUACCUUCGGUUGGGGCUUAACCCAAUGCCGAGCACACCUGAUCGAAGUGUCUACCCUAAAUUGGGAGUCUAGGCCAAAGCCAAGCAUGCCUGACCGAAGGACCUACCCUAGGUUUGGAGCUCAGGCUAAAAUCAAGCAAAGCUGGUCGAAGGCCUACCCUCGAUUGGGGGCUUAGGCUAAAGUCGAGCAGACCUGAUAGAACGACUUACUCUCGGUUGGGAGUUCCGGCCAAUAGCAAAUACACCAUACCAAAGGGCUUACUCUCUAUUAGGUGGUCAAGUCAAAGCUGGGCAUAUCUGAUCUAAUAGCCUUCCCUUGGUUAGGAGAUCAGGCUAAGGCCGAGCAGAGCUUACCAGAUUGAAGGGCCUACCCUCGGUUUGAGGGCUUAGGCCAAAGCCAAUCACACCUUCCCGGUGGGCCUUCCCUCAGUUGAAACAUAGGCUAAGGCUGAGCAGACCUGACCAAAUUGCCUACAUUUAAUUGGAAGUUUAAGCCAAGCCCGAGCACACCUAACCGAAGGGCCUACCAUCGGUUAGGAGCUAUGGCCAUGGCCGUGCAAACCUGACCAAAGGGUUUACUCCCAGUUUAGGGUCAGACCAAAACCAAGCACACUUGACCGAAUGGCCUACUCUCGGUUAGGAGCUCAGGCCAUGACCGAGUACACCUAACCGAAGGGCCUACUCUCGAUUGAGAGCUUAGGCUAAAGCUGAAUAGACCUGAUCGAGGGGCCUACACUCGUUUGGGGGCUCAGGCCAAGGUCGAGCACACCUGACCAAAGAGCCUACCCUAAGUAGGGAGCUCAGGCCAAAGGCGAGCAUAGACGACCAAAGGGCCUUGCCUCUGUUUGGGGCUCAGGCCAAAGCCUAGCAAGCUAAACCAAAGGGCCUAACCUUGGAUGGGGCUUAGGCCUAGGCUGAGUAGACCUGACCAAAGUGUCUACCCUCAGUUGGGAGUUCAAGCCUAGGUCGAGCACAACUGACUGAAGGGCCUACCCUUGGUUUGGGGUCAGGCCAAAUUCAAGCACACCUGACCGAAGGGUCUACCUUCGGUAGGGGAUCAGGCCAAGGCCCAACACACCAACCGAAGGGACUACCCUCUAUUGGGAGCUCAGCCACAGCUGAGUACACCUGAUUGAAGGGUGUACUCUCGCUUAAGAGAUCAGGCCAAGGAAGAGCACAAUUGACCGAAGGGUCUACCCUCGGUUGGGUGCUCAAAUAAAAGUCGAGCAUAUAUGCUCGACGGGUCCUACCUUUGUUGGGGGCUCAAACCAAGGUUAUGCAAACCUGACUGAAGGGUUUACCCUCAAUUGGGGGCUCAAGCCAAAACCGAGCAUACAUAACCGAAAGGCCUACCCUCGGUUGGGAACUUAGGCUAUGGCCGAGUACACCUGACCAAAGGGCCUAGUCUCAGUUGGGAGCUUAUUGUAAGGCCAUGCACACCUGAUCGAAGGGCAUAUUAUCGGUUGGGGGCUCUGGCUAAUGCCAAACACACUACUCUGAAGGGCCUACCCUCUAUUGGGAUCUCAGGCCAUGGCCGAGUACUCUGACUGAUGGGACUACUCUUGGUUGGGAGCUCAGGCCAAGGCCGAGCACACCUGAUCGAAGGGCUUUCCUUUGGUUUAGGGCUCACAAUAAAGCUAAGCACACUUAAUCUUAGGGCCUACCCUCGGUUGAGAGCUUAGGCCAAAGCCGAGCAGACCUAAUUGAGGUGCCAACCUUCGGUUCAGUUGGGAGUUAAAGCCAAUGCCAAGCACACCAGAUGGAAGGUAUUAACCCUCGUAUAGGAGCUGAGGCCAAUGCUGAGAAGACUUAACCAAAGGGCCUACCCUAACCGUGGGGCUCAGGCCAUGGUCGAGCACACCUGACCAAAGGGCCUACCCUUGGUUGGAAACUCAAGCCAAGGCCGAGUAUAGUUGGCCGAAGGGAUCUCCCUUCUUUAACACUUAUACCUUGUUUCAUGGUGUUACUCUAGGAGGGAACCUCUAGGUGUGGGAAGGCGUCAGGGGACUUCUCAUUGUUUAAUCUUGACAAUAGUACUUAUCUAAAAGGUGCACCAAAAGAAAGGGGGGACAAAUAAGGAUACAAAGUGAAUGACAAUAUUCAUCUUUGAUUACUACCACUCAGCUUGUAACGCAAGUUUCGUUAAAUUCACUAUAUUGUUUUACAAGAACUAAUUUUUUGGUUUCAGAAAAUUUAUUGAUAGUUUUUUUUCCAAUUGUGCAGGAAAUUGGUUUGGACAACGACAAGGAAAAAGCUGUGCAACAUUAACUUGGUUAAAAAUGAGCCUUGCUUACAUCAAAGGAGAAAGAUAAAAGGAGAACCUGUUAAAAUACUAGUGCCAAGGAGAUAACCACUAGGUGUGGGAAGGCAUCAGGGGACUCCUCAUUGUCUAAUCAUGACAGUAGUACAUCUUAUCUAAAACGUAGUACGAAAGAGAAGGGGGGACUAAUGAGGAUACAAAGUGAAGGACAACAGUCACCUUUUUUUUAUUACUACCACUUAGUCUGUAACACAAGUUUAGUUAGAUUCACUAUAUUGUUUUACAAGAACUAGUUUUUUGCUUUCAAAAAGUUUAUUGAUAGUUUUUUUCCAAUUGUGCAGGAACUUGACUUGGGUAACAACAAAGUAGGAUUUACGUAACAGAUUUCCCUUCUAGAAACGAAGUUACAUGUAGUUUUGUAAUUAUUCGACCCCCUCCAAUAUAUAUAUAUAUAUAUAUGUCGUUUGGUUUUGUUUGUUUGCAGCUAAAAGCACCCCUGCUUGAAUAUAGAUGUAGAUGAGCCUUGCGUACAACAAAGAUUGUAUAAUUGCUGAUAAGUUAUGCCUAUAUCAUUUAUUUGUUUUCUAGUAUCAUUCACGGUGAUGCCUUUAGAAAUAAAUCCUUUUUUGCAGGUGAAAGCACUGCUGUGUGAUCUUGGAGCUCAAGCCAAGGCCGUGCAAACCUGACCGAAGGGUCUACUCUUAGUUUAGGGUCAGGCCAAGGCUGAGAACACAUGAUCGAAGGGCUUACCCUCGGUUGGGGGCUCUAGCCAAAGCCAAACACACUAUACUGAAGGGCCUACCCUCUGUUGGGAGCUCUGGCCACAAUCGAGUACACUUGACGGAAGGGUUUACUCUCGGUUGGGAGCUCAGGCCAAAGUUGAGCACACGUGAUUGAAGGGAUUUCCUUUGGUUAAGGGCUCAGAGUAAAGCUGAGCACACCUGACCUUAGGGCCUACCCUCGGUUGAGAGCUCAAACCAAAGCCGAGCACAGCUGACCGAAAGGCCUUCCCUUGGUUGGGAGUUAAAUCCAAGGCCAUGUAUGCCUCAUGGAUGAUAUUACCCUCAUUUGGGAGCUCAGGCCGAGCAGCCUGAUCAAAGGGCCUACCUUAGUUGGGUGCUUAGGCUAAUAUCGAGCUCCACUGACCAAAGAGCCGACCCUCGGUUGGGAGCUCAGGCAAAAGUUGAGCAUAGCUGACCGAAGGGUCUUGCCUCGAUGAGGGUUUUACCUCUGUUUGGGGCUCAGGCUAAAGCUAAGAAAGCCAAACCGAAAGGCCUAACCUCAGAUGGGGGCUUAGGCCUAAGCCAAGCACACUUGAACAAAGUGCCUACCCUCAAUUGGCAGUUUAUGCCUAGGCCGAGAACAACUGAUCGAAGGGCCUACCCUCGAUUAGGAGCUCAGGCCAAGGUCGACCAAACUUGACCAAAGGGCCUACCCUUGGUUUGGGGUCAGGCCAAAGCCGAGCACACCUGAUCGAAGGGCCGACCUUCGGUAGGGGCUCAAUCCAAGGCCAAACACACCAGACCGAAGGGACAACCUUCGGUUGGGAGCUCAGCCACAACUGAGUACACCUGACUGAAGGGUGUACUCUCGGUUAGGUGAUCAAGCCAAAGCAGAGCAUACCUAACCGAAGGGUCUACCCUUCGUCGGGAGCUCAAACCAAAGUCGAGCAUAUGUAAUCAAAGGGCCUUACCUUUGUUGGGGGCUCAAGCCAAGGCUGUGCAAACCUGACUGAAGGGCCUACCCUCGAUUGGGGGCUUAAGCUAAAGUUGAGCACACCUAACCGAAAGGCCUACCCUCGGUUGGGAGCUUAGGCCAUGGCCGAGUACACCUGACCAAAGGGCCUAUUCUUGGUUGGGAGCUCAGCCUAAGGCCAAGCACACCUGAUCGAAGGGCAUACCGUUAGUUGGGGGCUCUGACCAAGGCCAAACACACCACACCACACCGAAGGGGCUACCCUCGGUUGGGAGCGCAAGCCACCACCGAGUACUUUGACUGAAGGGACUACUCUCGGUUGGGAGCUUAGGCCAAGGCCGAGCACACCUGAUCGAAGGGCUUUCCUUUGGUUGAGGGCUCAGGAUAAAUCUAAGCACACAAGACCGAGGGGUUUACCCACGAUUAGGAGCUGAUGCCACGGCCAAGUAGACCUGACUAAGGGGCCUACACUUGGUUGGGUGCUCAUUAUGCGUUCAUCCCUAAGUAGAUUAGGUCCUCAAAACCAAUGGCACUUUACUAAUAAACGGUAACUGGAAAUGGUUGUUCUCGGUAUACCCGGAUCUCCGAAAGUGUUUUCCCGGAUCAAGGGCCCUUCGUCGAGCCUUUCCUUUAGUGGUUGGGGGAAGCAUGUUGAGGGUUUCAGUCCAGAAUUGGCAGUUGUGACUAUUGGAGGAGGAAAAGAACUUGAAGAAAAGCUUGUGGUUCGACCUACUAGUGAAACCAUUGUGAAUUACAAGUUUACUCAAUGGAUCCAUAGCUACCGCGAUCUUCCACUCAUGAUUAAUCAGUGGGCAAAUGUCACAAGAUGGGAAUUGAGGACAAAACCUUUCAUUAGGACCCUUGAAUUUUUGUGGCAAGAGGGUCAUACAGCGCAUGCAACCCUUGAAGUGGCAGAAGAAGAGGCAUUAAAAAUGGUCGAUGUCUAUAAAAACUUUGCUUAUGAGCAAGCAGCAAUACCUGUCAUUGCAGGUCGAAAAUCUAGGCUUGAGACAUUUGCUGGUGCUCUGAGGACAUAUACAAUUGAAGCCAUGAUGGGUGAUCGAAGAGCUCUACAGGCUGGAACUAGCCACAACCUUGGACAGAAUUUCUUCCGUGCCUUCGAAACACAGUUCACUGAUGAAAAUGGACAAAGGCAAUAUGUGUGGCAGACGUCAUGGGCUAUCAGCACCCGUUUUGUUGGUGGUAUUAUCAUGACUCAUGGAGAUGAUGCAGGUUUAAUGCUUCCUCCCAAAAUUGCACCAAUUCAAGUGGUAAUUGUACCAAUAUGGAAAAAGGUUGAGAAAACAGUUCUCAAUGCUGCAUAUUCUGUAGAGAAAGCAUUGAAAACAGCAGGGAUCAGAGUUGAAUUGGAUGCCUCAGAACAGAGAACCCCUGGAUGGAAAUUUAAUUUUUGGGAGAUGAAGGGUGUCCCUUUAAGGAUCGAGAUUGGACCUCGUGAUGUUUCAAGUGGGACACUAGUUAUAUCUAGGAGAGAUGUUCCUGGAAAGCAAGGGAAAGUUUUUGGAGUUUCGAUGGACCCUUCCAUUUUGGAAGCCUAUGUGAAGGAUAAGUUGGAUGACAUCCAGUCAUCACUUUUGGAAAAGGCUAUUUCAUUCCGAAAUAGUAAUAUUUUGGAUAUAGGUUCAUAUGAUGAGCUCAAGGAAGCAAUUUCCCAAGGAAAAUGGGCGAGAGGUCCUUGGUCAGGAAGUGAUGUGGAAGAGUUACGGGUGAAGGAAGAGACAGGUGCAACAAUUAGGUGUUUUCCUUUUGAGCAGCCCGAAGGGACAAAAACAUGCUUCAUGACUGGUACUCCAGCAGAGGAAGUUGCAAUAUUUGCGAAAUCAUAAUGAUUGUUGAGGCAUGAUUUCCUUUUUUGCAGUUCAUUCGUUCAUCUGGGAAGCAUUCACACAUUUUUGUCGACUUAUGUUGUCUCAAAUAUGUAGUUUAUUGGUCCAUAGGAAUAUAAAUUAAAGGAAUAAUCCUAUUUAAUCAUUGCUGGUGAAAAAUUUGUAAUUGUAAUUUUACUUUUUCAUUUUGCCCUUUAUUUUUUAUUAUUAUUUGACACACGUCUUUCAAGAUAAAGUAAUGUCUCGAAAAUGUGCAAGACAACCUGCUUUUGAGAAUGACAUAAUGGUAUGUAACUUUUAAAUUAUUCUGAAAA